UACAUAACUACAUAUUGAACAAACAAAGACCUAUGUUAAAAAAGGGCAAUGUCAUGCCCUGUGUCUUGAGAUGCUCUUUCCAACAAAAAAAAAAUAUUAAUAUAUUGAACGAACCGGGGAGGAGAAAUUUGGGAUGCCCUUUUUGGAAAGUAGUAGUUGAGAAAAAAUCGAAAAUCUUUUUGGUUUUUUUCUAAAAACAGCUUAUUUUUUUUCAUAGAGGGUGAGGAAAACCUUGGAAAUUUCACGGAAAAACUGAAGUACUGAAGAAAAAUUUUUUCCUUCCUGAAAGAGCAGAUCAAGGUCUAUCUUCCCAUGUAUUUCUUUCAAUUUCGAGCAUUAUGACGAAAUUGAUUCUGUGAGCCGAAACGGAGAGAUCUGCUCUAAAAAAAGUUUUUUUUUUCGAAUAGCGGAUGACGAAAAUGUUGAAAAUUUUUCUGGAAAAACGGAACUACUGAAAGAAAAUUUUUGUCGUUUCUGAAAGAGCAGAUCACGGGCUAUCUCCCUAUGUAUUUAUCUCAGUUUCAAUACUUCUGACCAAAAGUGAAUUUUUUGAGGGGGGCCAUUAACUUAAACACUAUAGCAACAUAGUAACGUCAUCUCCUUUUUCUAGCGCCCUUGAACAUAACACAAUCACUCAUUGACGCCAAUGUAUUACUUGGCCAAAACGGAACUUUACAGAUUACCUGUGACGCAUUUCCAGCACCAAAAGUUACUUGGUUCUUCAACGACACUGAACUGAAAAACUCUCCAAAACAUAAGGUUGAAGCAAAACAAAAUGUAUUUUCCCUAACUGUCAGUAAAUGUGAUCAUCCUGAUGUUGGUACAUAUCGUGUACUCAUCGAUAAUGGAAUCGAUCAUACUGAACAAACUGCUAAACUCCACGUCGGAGUGAAACCGAAAGUUGAAGCCGCAAAACCAGCCAAUGAUCAGACAUGCAUCAUCGGUUAA